AUGGCUUCUCCGCGCGUAUACUUCCCCGCCUCAUCUCCGCGCAGCUUCGCGCCAACCACCCCCACUAGCCAGCUUCUAGGGGACUCCUCCAUAGCCCAAGGAUCAGGAGGUGGCAGUUCGGUAGGGUUAGAGGAGCUUCAAGAUGCUUACUUGUCGGAGCUGCUCUCCUACAGCCUGGAUCGAUUAAACAAGGAGCCAGAGCUGCUGCGCGCCGAUGCGGAGAGGGUGCAGCGGCAGAUGCAGGAGGUGGCGGUGGCGCAUUACCGAGCGUUCAUCACCGCCGCUGACGCCAUCCGGUCCAUCCACCGCGAGAUUAACUCCGUCGACCAACACCUGGGGUCUCUGGUGUCGGAGAUCCCUAAGCUCACCACCGGGUGCAAUGAGUUUUUGGAGGAGGCUCAGGGGGUGAUGGAGAAGAGACGGCUGAACAAGACAAUGCUUGCCACCCACCCCACGCUCAUGGACCUUCUAGAGAUCCCACAGCUCAUGGACACCUGUGUGCGCAACGGCAACUACGACGAGGCCUUGGACCUGGAGGCGUUUGUAGCUAAGCUCGCCACCAUGCAUGCCAAGCUGCCAGUGAUUCAGCAGCUGGCAGUGGAAGUGAGGCACACCACGCAGGCCAUGCUGUCACAGCUGCUGCUCCGACUGCGAUCCAACAUCCAGCUGCCCGAGUGUCUGCGUGUGAUUGGCUAUCUCCGGCGACUGGCGGUGUUUUCAGAAACAGAAAUGCGGCUCCAGUUCCUGCGGUGCAGGGAGGCGUGGCUGGGGGAGGUGGUAUCUGAGCUGGACCCGGCCUCCCCCUACGACUAUCUGAAGCGCCUCACCGACUGCCACCGCGUGCACCUCUUUGACGUCGCCACGCAGUACCACGCCAUCUUCGCCCACCACUCCUCCUCAUCCCCAGAUUCAUCGAACCUGGACGAGGAUUCGGCUGCGCUAGCCGCUCUGCUAGGGGAUGGGGGAGUGGGGGGAGGAGCCGGGGGAGGGGCCGGGGGGGUGUUGGGGAAGUAUGGGAAGGGCAGGGCGGGAGGCGGGGCGGUUUUGAACGGGUGGGGGGGUGGGGGAGCGGGUGGGGAUGGGGGUUUGGUGUAUGGUCUUGGCCGAGUAGGGCUGGACCUCAGAGGCCUCCUGCCGCCCCUCUUUGAAUCGUGUGUGCUGCGGAUGUUCCAGCGCAACAUCUCCUUUGCGGUCGACUCCUUCCAUCAUGUGUUGGAGACACACAGAUGGGUACCUCUCCCCUCAAUGGGCUCUGCUGCUCGCAUGGGCCUGGGAGGCGAAUCUCUUGAUGACGUGGCGCCGCCCUAUUCGCUCAUGGAGCACCCGCCACUAGCCGCCUUCGUGAAUGGUAUACUGGCAGCGCUGAACGAGUUGAGGCACUGUGCGCCGACGGCCCUGAAGCAGCAGCUGGCAGGGGAGGUGGAGAGGGCGCUGGCAGUGGUGGCUGGGUCGCUGGGUCGCUACAGUCACACACACAUAGUCAAGGACUCCGAGGCGGCGCUCUUUAUUAGCACAUGCAGGGCGUUCGUGGAGGUGGUGUGCCCGUAUGUGGCUGUCUGCUUCUCCCGCUGCUACGGCUCCCCUGCCACUCUCGUAUCCACACAAGCAGCGUGCGAACCUGUGAAGCAACUCAUUCUCGCCUCCAUGCCCCCUGCUGCCGCUGCCGAUGCUGACGCUGAUGCCGAUGCUGCUGGGGUAGAUGAGGGGCAGGAGGGUGAGGAGGCGGGAGAGGGAAGGAGAGGAGAUGGGGAGGCUGGGGAAGGAGAGGGGGGUCAAGAGGAGGAGAAGGUGGGUGAGGGUGUGAGGGGUGGUAGUGGAGGCCCCUUAGUGGGGCCUGACUUAUCAGCAGCCAUGAGCCUUUUGGAGAUUAAGUAUGUCCCGCGGCCUCCGGCAAUUGGACAGGGGUGCAAUCUGGAUUCCAUGAUUCUGCCGGAGGCCGAGGAGGUGCCCCACUUGCGCGAGUUGGACUUUUGCGUGAACGCGGAUUUCGUGCACAUAGAGAACAAGUACGGCACCUUCAUCUGCGAGCCGCACCUCUCCUUCCCCAACCAAGUCUUCCCCUCCAACCCCUCAGACGCCCCUCCAGGGAGCUACAGGCAGAAUGGAGGGGAGGAUGAACCCGAGGACCCCUAUGUCGGGGAUAGGUCGAUGGACGAGCACUACGGGGGGUCAACCAUAAUGGCGUACGAUCCGCUCUUCAACUGGGACUCGGAGCGUGCUGCUGUCAUCGGCCACCGCCUCCCCAUCCGCCCCAUCACCUCCUCCUCCGUGGGCACGCGUUUCUCAGUGCGCAUCUUAGGCCUGACGGUGCAGGCAGGGCUGGUGGAGCCAGUGAGCGGCACCAUGUGCCUGUACCACGCCGAGCGCCGUGAGAAGGCCUCCGAGGACUUCCACUUCCAGUUCCUGCCGGCGCAGUGGGAGGGCGAGAGCACGUCGCCCGACACAAGAGCCAUUUUCUCGGUGGACAAGGAGUCGGCGGCGCUGUGCCUGCUGGUGCAGCUCGACAAGGCUGCGAGUGAGGAGAGUUUGAAUGGCAUCAAGCCCGCUGUUUACACCCGCAAGGACCCCCCCACCCUGACGGACAAGGAAGCAGCGCGCCUGUCAGAGUGGGCACAAGUCAUGCCCUUCCGAGAGCCCCUCGCGUGGAUCACCAUCCCCCUCUUUGAUUCGUCUGUCACCGGCGGAGUGGGGGGCUUCGGAGCCUCGGGAGGCGGCAGCUCAGGGGGAGGGUCGUCAGGGAGCCUGGGGGGAGGCGGGGGCGUGCUGGGGGUGGAAGGGGGAGGCAUGGGGGGAGGGGCGGGGUCGAGUCCGGUGGUGGAUAGCAAUGGGGUGCGCGUGCCGGCUUAUGAGCUGGGGGGGCCACCAGUGCAGAUUGACAUUCCCACGUUGAAUCGCGCCAAGGAGUGUUAUACUGAUGACCAACUGCUGGACCCCAAGAAGAAGGCGCAGAAGCCAGUGCGCGUCUCCAUGCACUUCGAGGUGGAGAGGCUACCCGGAGGGGCGGCAGGGGGGGCGGCAGCGGGCGGCAGUGUGACGCCGCGGUCCCUCAGCAGCAACGCGUCACAGAGGGGGGUGAACCGGGCGCGGUCGCAGGACUCCAUGACCUCAGACCUGGACGACGUCAACAUGGUGCCAAGGAGCCUUUCGGUUUCCAGGUUCCUCACCGGGUUCCAGGCGAUAGACUUCACGGACAUGGUGAGGGCGGAGCCCUUCACACGCCUGGUGCAUCUGCUCUUCGUGUAUCCGCAGCAGGUCGCGCUGCCCAAGAAGCUCAACCUCUUUGUGCGCACCGAGCUGCGGGCUGAUGACCUCGACAUCCAACGGCCGUCAAUGGAGGCCAUCUUUCCCAAAGAACGCAAUGGUCCCAUGCUGCGUACAGCCUCAACUCAAGUGGUGCAGGGAGCACGACCAGCACUGUUCCAUGACGAGGUCAAGAUGCAGCUGCCCGCCUCUGUGACGCCCGCACACCAUCUGCUCUUCACCUUCUUCCACAUCGACCUCUCCCUGCGCUCCGAAUGGCCCAAGCCGGUGGCAGUGGGAUAUGCAGUCAUGCCUCUUGCUGCUGCUCUACAGGCGUUCAAAGCGGAGGUGAAUCUGCCCAUAUCCAAGGACCUGCAGCCGCGCUACCUGCAAGAGAGCACCAAGUCGCGGCUGACCUACUGGGAGGAGGGCCGCCCCAUCUUCCGCGUGCGCACGCGCCUGUUCUCCUCGCUGCUCCCGCUCUCCGACCGCCUGCGCGACUUCUUCCACCAGUUCGACCGCCACAUGCUGGAGGCGCCUCUGCCGAGAGAAGAUCUCUUAGAGGCCAUCAACGCGCUCAAGACGGUGGAUGUGGUGGUGCUCAUGCAGUUCCUCUACCCGCUGCUCAACAUGCUGCUCUGCAUGAUUGGCAACGGCGUUGAGACGCUCCAAGUAGCCGCCUUCCGAGCCAUGAUCAACAUUGUGUCCAGAGUGCAGCUGGAGUUGGCACCGCAGGCAGGUGCAGCCCCCAUGGAGCGGAGUCGUUUCCUCGUGCACUUUGUCGACUUCAUAUUUGACGAUCUCGGUCGCAACCAGCCGCCCGUGUAUCCGGGUCUCAGCAACGUGUGGCGCAGCCUGGCACGCAGCAAGUCGCGAGGGUUCCGAGUGGGGCCGGUGUAUGCAGAGGCGCUGCAGAUGGCGUGGUUUGUGCUGGAGCUCAUCGUUAAGUCCAUGGACCUGGAGCUUGCUCAGGUUCCGCAAGGGGACGAGAUUGCACGUCUAAGGCUAGAGGACGAGGUGUUUCUGUGCAUCCGGCAGCUCUUUGAGUGCCUGCUGGCCGAGGUGCACGAAAAGGCAGUCUCCGACCCACCCCUCGCCAAGAGCCUCAGCUCCUCCAUCUCCUUCUUCUGCUACGACCUCAUCUCUGUCGUGGAUCCGCCGCAAGUCUUUGAGCUGGUGGGUCUGUUCCUCUCGCAGUUCGUGGGCGUGUGUCCGCCCAUGCAGCACAUGUUCAAGCUGCACUUCCUCCGCAUCGUCUGCGACCAUGACCUCUACAUCGAGACCCCUGGUCGCGGCCCCACUGAGAAGAAUUAUCUGACCACAGUGCUGCUCAAGGACCUCUUUGUGAGCCUCGACCACGAGGACCCCAGUCAGCGAUCGCUGGCUGCGCGCAUGCUGGCCUUCCAGGUGGCGAAGCACGAGUACGAUGCGCGGUACCAGCAGCCGGAGCUGAAGCUGUACAUCGCGCAGCUCUACAUGCCCAUCGUCAACAUGAUCCUCGACGAGGUCGAAACCUUCCACACUCUAGGGGUCAUUCAGAGGAGGCAGAUCCUCGUGGUCAUGCUCACAGUGGUGCGGAACUUAGAUAAUGAGACGCUGCUCAAGGCGUGGAAGCAGAGCGACGUGCGCACUCGCCUCUUCUUCACGCUCCUGCAGCAAGCCCUCGUGCUCUUCCAGCACCCGCCCCAGCUGACAGCUGGCAGCAAGCCCCGCCCCACCGCCACCAAAUCCAGCCCCGCCACGUCAGCACCCGCCGACGCCACGCUGGCAGUGGAGCCGCCACCAAUCCCGAUGUACUCGGACCGAGUCUCCCUGGCAACCAAUGAUCAGCUGGACGAGAUGGCCCGGGCAGAUCCCAAGGCCUUGCUCGAGAGGGAGCAGAUAAUCCGAAAGGUCACGGGCGGCGCCGUGUCGGGCGGCAAAGGGUCGGCGGUGUCGUUGAGGGAUGUGCUCGCCCGAUCGAGAAUACCGCCCAAAGAUGCCAUGGCUCUGAUGAGACAAAACCUGCCGCCCAGCGCUUCUGGGAAGCUGUUAACAUGGGAGGCAAGUGUAGCAGCAUGGUGUGCGGUGCAGGUGCUGGAGGUGGUGGAGAAGUUCAGCGACAUGGCUGCUGAUGGGCUCGUGGCCACCGACUACCAAACCAUGGACUGCCUCACUGGCCCUCUCUCCGUCAUGCUCGCUCUGCCCCAGCCCAUGAGCUUCUGGGAGCCCUUCGUGCCGGCCUUCGCUGAAAUGCUGCGCCUGCACGGCAAGGCCAUGCUGGACGGCCCGCCCUCUGCUGCCGCGGCGGACACUGCUGACAGUGCCGGGGCAGCAGCUAAGGGGGGCGACGUGUUGCUCAAGGGCCUCUUUGGCAGCCUGCUGAAGCAGAUGGCCCUCCGCCCCGAGUUCAUCAGGAAGAGAGCUCUGCUCUGCCUGCUGCUUCUCCUGCGCAACGCUCUGCUGCACAUGAAGGACGUGGAGCGCCUCAGAGUCAUCCUCACAGUCGCUCUCUCAGAAGUCCUCUCCCACAUGCGCCUGCUGCACGCGCCCUCGCCCUCCCCCGCCCCCGCCUCUCGCUCCUCCAGCGCCUCUAGCAUCGCUUCUGCUGCUGGCGGUGCGGGUGGGGGCGCUGGGGAACUGGUAGAGUCCGCAGAGGUUGAGAAACUGAGGCUUUCGCUGGAAGAGCUUGGGACGGAGGAUAAGUGGUUUCAACUGCUGGACGAGUGCGGAUUACCGUCGAUCUGCCUGGAGAUUGUGGUGGAGGAGGAUGAGGAGAAGGAGGAGGAGGAGGACGAGGAGGACGAGGAGGAGGAGUAUGAGGAGUGGGAUGAAGGGGGGAGUGUGAUGGUGGGGAGGAGGAGGAAGCGGGAGAGGGACAGGUGGACGUGGUCGAAUGUGGAGGAGACUCAGGAUAUGCUGCUCACCGUGGUGGAUGCAGCGUCGCAGCACGAGCAACUGAUGGAGGGGCUGAAGACAUCAAACGACAAGUACGCCAUAGUGGAGAGCUACUACAUCCUCGCACAGGCGUACGGACAUGUGCCCGAUCUGUACAUCAUGUGGAUGCUGCACCUGUGCGACGCGCACCAGGAGAUGAACCAGUGGGCCGAGGCCGCUCAGUGCGCCGUUUCUGUAGCUGGCAUUGUCAUUCGGGGUCUGCAAAUCGCAUCAGAGGAACCAGUGUGGGACGAGGAGCACCUGGAAGUCCUCUGGAGCAUCUGCCCCUUGGCCCGUCACCAGUGGCGCGCGCGGGCCUUCUCCUCCCAGUCGGGGUUUGGGGCGGCGAGGGUGACGGUGGAGGGGGCGGUGCAGCACGUGCAGCGGGCGAGCAACCUGUUCUACAAGGCGGAGCUGUUUCAUUUCUGCGCGCUCAUGCUCUCGCUGCUGCUGCCGCUGCACCGCUCCCGCCACGACUACAAGCAGCUGACCAAGACGCACAACAAGAUCGCGUCCAUCUAUGAGAACGUGGAGCAGCAGGAGACGAGCCCCAUCCCCUUCAAGGACGCCUGCUACUAUCGAGUCGGCUUCUAUGGGGAACGAUUCCGAUACAUCGAUGGCAGGCAGUUCAUAUACCGAGAGCCACGAGACGUGCGGCUGGAGGACAUAAUGGAGAAGCUCAAAGCACUCUAUGAUGCACGCUCACCCGACGAGGAGCCUCUUCAAAUCAUCCAGGACUCGCGCCAAGUGCACCCCGCCUCCCUCAAGCCGAGGGUCCACCUUUUCAUACCUGCACGCCCCCAUGCCCAUCCCACUCCCUACUCUUCCUGCACUGCUGUCCCCGUCCCUCGUUUCCCCCACGGCAGGGAGUUCAUAUACCGAGAGCCAAGGGACGUGCGGCUGGGAGACAUCAUGGAGAAGCUCAAAGCACUCUACGAUGCACGCUCGCCCGACGAGGAGCCCCUGCAGAUCAUCCAGGACUCACGCCAGGUGGACCCUGCCGCCCUCAAGCCGAACCUCGUCUACAUGCAGAUCACCGCCGUCGAACCUGUGGUAGGUGCGGGGGAGGAUCGGUGGCUCGGCAGACCUCUCGAGCCUCCGAUUGCCGGGACUCCCACGUUCAGUUGUUUCUUUUUUGACACGCCGUUUACGCCGAAUGGGAAGCAGCAGGGGCGGAUGGAGGAUCAGUGGAAGAGACGAACGCUGCUGUACACGCAGAGCACGCUGCCGAGCCUGAUUAGCCGGCAGCCGGUGGUUCGGUCGGAGGUUCGGGAGUACUCCCCGAUCCAGUGCGCUGUGGAGAUUAUUGAGUCGCGGUCGUUUGCACUAGAGGCCGAAAUGGCCAGCCAGUUGGGGGAUUCUGGGGCGGCAGGGGCGGCGGGAGGGCCGGCUGGAAAGAAGGAUCCGGCAGCGGUUGUAGCGGCAGCAAUGGCAGCAGGGUCGGGGCCGCUACAGCUGCCGCGGUUACAAACCCUGCAGCGGUUACUGCAGGGGAGUGUGGCGCUGCAGGUUAACAGCGGUGUGCUGGGAGUGUGUAUGGCGUUUUACCAGGCGAAUCCCCAGGGGGCUAAUCCAAGAGCCAAGGAUCCAGAGAAAUUGCAGCCGUCGGAACUUGAGAUGUUGACGUCUGCGAUUGUGCGGUUUGUGGUGGUGUGUAAGCGGGCGGUGGUGGUGCAUGGGAGGGCGGUGACUGAAGAGGAUAGGGAUUUCCAGGAGCAGCUGGAGCAGAGCUUAGAAGACCUGGAGAAGGAGAUUUCUGCCUUCAUUCCAGGGCUAAGGAAACGAGCAUCGGCUUACUGA